CUCCCUGCUGCCAGCCUAACCCCUGGAAGGAUACCCCGUGGACCCUGCUGCAGGGUUCGGAUGGUCCCUCCACUCAGCAUCCAGGGCGCGCGUCCCCGUCCGGAGCCCGGCGGAGGGCCCUGCUCAUUCCCACCAAGGGCGGCAGCGGGACACCCCGGAUUCCCGGCCCCCCGGAGGCAUAAAAGGGAGGCAAUAAAACAGGAAAAGGAGACUAUGAACCAGUUCACGCCAGAGAAGCACAACGCGAGCGCGGCCCGCUGCCUCGGCCUCCGCAGCGGGGUCGGGUGCGCCCCGGAACGCGCCCUCCUCCCCAGCCCCCGCACCCCCGGGCCGGGAUCGCCCCUCGCGGACAAAGCCCGGCGCUGGGCGGGGUGGGGCGUGAGCGGGGGGCACUGGGACCCCGCAGACGCCCGCACAGGUGGGCUCCGGGACGCGGCGGGCGGGUCCCGGAGCGAUGGGAGGGCGCGAGCCUCCGGGCGGCGGCGCGGAGCCCGCGGGGGCCUGAGGGCAGGCCCGCGGCGCGGAGCCGGUGAGUGGGGCAUCCGCGAGGGGCGCGGCCCUGGGCGGGGCCCGGACAACGGGCCGGCGCUGGCAGGGCCAGGGGGCGGGGCGUCCCGGGGUCGGGGCGGGGCCAGUCGAGGCGCGGGCACCGUCGGCAAAUUCUCACAGCCCCAGCUGGGCGAAGCUCUGGAGAGCAGGCGUGCACUCUGCGCCUCGCGGACGCCGCCGCAAAUCCUCCCCGAGCCCCGCUGCGGGCGGGUGGGGCUGCGCCUGGAGCCAGGGGACCCCGGACAGCUUGCGCGCGCUGGCCCCGGCCUCCCUUUCUGCCGUGGAGCGCAAACGGCUGAGGAGAGUGUGAGGUUCGGAGUGACCCCAGGGUGUCCCACCCCUGGGGCGGAAGAAAGCUGGCCUCAGCGGCUUUCCACCUCCACCGAGCGUUCCAGCGCUGCGAGGUGUGCACUUGGCCGACAAUCUCUGGAGAAGGCGGAGCCUGGCCGCUGGCCGCAGAUCCGGGGGCUGGUCUCGCCGCGCCGCUGCAGUAAACACGCGGUGAGCGGCGCCGGCGGCCGGAGCCCAGCCGGGAAGGGCGGGAGAGAGACCCGCCGCACAUCCAAGCGCCCGGCAACGCCUUCCCCGGCCUCUCUCCAGCCCCGGGUCCCGCUCUCCCGGCCUGCACCCCGCGGCACAGCCCGGGCGCCCCGGGUCCCGCUCGCCAGCCCCCGGGGCAGGGCGCACUCGGCUAAGCGCUGUCCUUCUCCCCUGGGCUCGGCUGGUGCAGAAGAGGCUGCCCCGCCGAGGGAGCGCACCUCGUACCCCGCCUCCGGCCCGGGAGCUCCCGGGUCCCACUCCGCGGGGCAUGCAGUCCCGGCGCACGGGGGCUGUGUGCACCCCUCUCUCGGCGGACGCUCCGGGGGCCGCCCCGACCCCGCGCACAGCCUUGGCCCAAGUUCCGGGGGGCGCCCCCUAGCCCGGCUCGCUAGACGCGGGCGGGUGCACAGGACCCGGGUGCACGGGCUGUUCGCGCCGGGAGACGUCCGCAAGCCGGUCCCCCGUCUCCUCGAGGUCCCCCUAAGUCCCCCGAGGUCCCUGGCCCCGGUCCUCUCCCCCACCUCCCAGACGCAGCCGGAGGUGAGCGCUUACCCGUCCGGGCGCAGCUGGCAGCCGCUGGGAGCUCCGGCGCUGGGCGCGAGAAAAACAGCAGGUCCUCCUGCCACUUCUUCUAACCCUCCGCCCGCCUCGCCUGCCCCCCUCCGUCUCGGGCUGGAGGGGCGUCAUGCCAGGUGCCUCUGGAAGCUACACCUUGCCCUUCUUCAAAACAAGUUUAUAUCUGUAUCCAGAAAUGGAGUUUCCUGCCGUGUCAACACACAAAGAUGUCACAGCCAUCAGCGAUUCCCGCCCUCCAAAUGUGAAUUUCUGAGCCCGGAGGGCGCCCAGGAAGAAGGAUGA